CUGGCGCGGGGUUGAAACGCGAAGAGCCGAUGCAGACGCGGGAGGCGGAAUAGCCUCCUCCUGCACCGCACUGUAACAAUUCUGUGAUUUAUUUCCACCACCUUCGGCUGAAGGGCGCCUGAUAUACCCGGAACAUUUUUAAGUUGACAAGCCUGAUAACUUCUGUACUGAUUAGCAAUAUUAUACUUUUGCCGCUGGUAGUUGAAGUUUCCUUUGGAAAGUUCAUAGAAUAAUUUAAAAUCGCAAUUGGCCGUGAAAGCACAAGUUUAUUCCGCCACUUUCUGCUGGAGGGCGCCUGACGUUUCCGGAACAUUUUUAACUUGGCAAGCCUUCCGGUCUGUCACGUUCAUGGCUCUUCCGUCAGAGUGGGCUCCCGUAGCAACCGGACCUAAACGCUAAGAUGUGGCUUCCUGUUCUGGCUGCAGUCCUAGUGCCCGUUUGCACUGCUCUAGCGAACCGAUAUCACCACCGGCUGAUCCGCUUCUACCGUCACCGAUUCCUGGGCUGGUUGAGGACCUGUUUGACCGGGAUCUCCCCGGAAGAACGGGCAUUCCGUUAUGUUUUGACCAACUCGACGCACGGGAAGCCUGAGAGUGUACUAAACACAUUGGACGAGUGGUGUGGCAAAUACGAGUGUGUGACCAGCACCGGGCCAGAGAAAGGUCAGAUCCUCGAAUCAGUAGUACAGCGUACUUGCCCAGUCAGGGCUCUUGAGCUGGGAACGAAUUGUGGUUACUCUGCAAUUUGCAUUGCAAGGCACCUCAAACCCGAAGCAAAGCUGUACACUUUGGAGCAAGAUCCCAAAACUGCUGAAGUGGCCGAGGAAAUGAUUCUGGUGGCAGGACUGAAACACUCGCAGUUCCAAGUGGUUACUGGAUCUCCUGCUGAGGUCAUUCCUCGACUCAAGACAUCACCCAGGGUGGAGACAUUCGAUUUUGUGUUUCUGAACCAGGGACAGGGUGCAGACUAUCUGAGGAACCUCUGCCUGCUGGAGAAAGAGGGGCUGCUGUCAAAAGGCUCAGUGAUUCUGGCCAAUAAUGUAACUCACUCAGAGGCAGCUGGAUUCCUCAGUUCGGUCCGUAGUGACCCUCACUAUCGCACCACAUUCCACCCCUGCACUGCUCCUUAUGAGAAGGAUGUCGCUGAUGGAAUGGAAGAGUUAGUUUUCCUGAAGGACAAUGGAGAAAGAAACUAAGUUGUACCUCACUCUCUCCCUGGAGUUGGGAGAAACGGUCAAGUGUUUUUAUUGAGCAGUCUCCCUCAUUUUGAGAUGGCUUUCUUUGGUAAAAUGAAAAUUAUAAUCACAAAUUCCAGCAGUGUAAAGUUAUCCAAUCAACAGAUUCUAGUAAAUAUCAAAAUAAAAACCUUUGAAGUUCUUGCAA